GCACAAGGUUGUCUGUAUACCUCAUCUCAGUCUCCAACCGCCAAAAAAGAUAGAAAAAGCAAAAAAAUUUCUCCAAUCUCUCUCACCAUUUUGAAAUUUCCCCGUUUCUGCGAUUUGGGUUUUACAGAUUCUCAAGCUUCGCGUUGGAAUUCGAUUAGGGUUUCACGGACGAGCGAGAAAGGUUUCGUCCUUUGGGGGUUCUUCGGAAAUGGCGACGAUUUGAAAGGAAGAGAGAAGAAGGUUUUGAGUUGGGACUGAGCGAUUUUAGGGUUUUCCGGAUCCGGCGAAGAUGAGCGCGUCGAGGUUCAUAAAGUGCGUCACCGUCGGCGAUGGUGCCGUCGGAAAAACAUGCAUGCUGAUUUCUUACACAAGCAACACUUUCCCCACGGAUUAUGUUCCAACUGUUUUCGACAACUUCAGUGCCAAUGUGGUGGUGGAUGGGAACACUGUCAAUCUCGGCUUGUGGGAUACUGCCGGUCAGGAAGACUACAACAGGUUACGACCUUUGAGCUAUCGUGGAGCAGACGUCUUCAUUCUUGCUUUCUCACUUAUCAGCAAGGCCAGUUACGAGAAUGUGGCGAAGAAGUGGAUUCCUGAGCUCAGGCAUUAUGCUCCCGGCGUUCCAAUUAUCCUUGUUGGAACAAAACUCGAUCUCCGAGAUGACAAGCAGUUCUUCAUAGACCAUCCCGGGGCAGUGCCAAUCACUACAAGCCAGGGCGAGGAACUAAGGAAACUGAUCGGAGCUCCAGUCUACAUUGAGUGUAGUUCGAAAACGCAGAUGAACGUGAAGGCGGUAUUUGAUGCGGCUAUAAAGGUUGUGCUUCAGCCUCCAAAGCAGAAGAAGAAGAAAAAGAAAAAUAACCGAUGUGCCUUCUUGUGAUCACUCAAAGAUUAGUUGGUUUGCAGGGUUCUAACAAGUUUGAGCAUUUGGGUAACCUCCUGGCGAUGAAUGAAGACAAGACAGAUGAGUUCUUCUUGUUCUUGGUGUGUUGUUAUAUGUAAGACUAAUCUUCUUUUCCUUUGUUCUUGUUGCUGGGGGAUUUUAUAACAUCUUCAAGUCUUAUUCGGUUGGAUUCUAAACUAUUUUUAUUCAUUUUUAAUUUUUUUAAA